CAAAAAUCAUAACUGCUCUCUUCAUCGAAGACGUUCCACACAUAUUCAAGAACGCACAUGAAGAUAUAUGUUACGAUGUCGUGGCAUCGUGAUGCCUGAGGUCAUCUUUCCAAGAUGCAGAGGAACGUCAGGAAGCAGCUUGCAGUGUGUGCGGGAGCCAGAGUACGGCCCCAGCCUCCCCGAGAGUCCAUCCCACAAACAGUAGGUGUGGUGCCCAGGGAACCAGGGGCCACCGCCCCCACGCAGCCAAGCCGGACAGCGACAGGAACCCCAGAGCCUGGCCCACCGCGCCACCCACAAGGGCCAGCAGCAGGCCGCAGACAGACGCACCCGGCAGAGGACAAGGCACAAGAAAAGCAGGGGGCAGCCAGACCCCAAGCCAGCGAGAGACCACACCCCACACGGACAGAAAGGCGGGACGCCCCGCCCGAGGGGCCCGGAGACCCCCCGCAACCGGACGGGAAGACCGCCCCCGCCCCACCGGCAACCGGGCCCCCACGAGCCCCCCCCCCACUCCCGGAGAGCGCGGCGAGGCCAGCCCACGGCCACCACACCCAAGCCGGCCGCCACAGGACCACCCAGCACGGGGCCACGGGAACCACCCACCCCACCCGCAGGGACCCCAACGAUGGAGAUGGAACAACCAGCAACCGCCCCGCCGAGUCCCCCCCUGAGGUAGGGGAAAUACAUAAAUAAAAUAAAUAAAUACAUAAUAAAAAUAAUAAUAAUAUUAAUAAAAUAUAUUAAAAAAUAAGAAUAAAUAAAUAAUUAAAUCUAUUUAUUAAAAAAAAAAAAAAAAAAAAGAAUUAAAAGAAGAUCACAGACAUGCUGACACACAAGGUCGCUACCCCAACAACUGGCCGACUCGCAGCACCUCGGAAUACCCUGCAGCACCAAGCUACCACAGUAGACGCAGGGACCAGACCCAGCAGGCCCCAACCAAGACGGGCACCCGGAAGGGAUGGACGGUGGGACCCAGGAGCUCCAGACACGCAGUCCGGAUGCAGUAGCCUGAGGCGCCGACCCCCACCCGACAGGCAGGCCCAGAACGUACCCCCAGAAAUAUACAUACAUAUAUAUAUACAUACACAUAAACAUACACAUGUACACAUACACACACAUACACAUGCAUACACAUACACAUAUAUAUA